AAAGAUAACACGGAAAUCAAAGCCUCUCUCUUUUUUUUCCCCACCGCCUGGCGCCGCGCCACCCUGAGGAGAGACAGCCUGUCAUUUCCCCCCUCUUUUAACCCGCUCACCUGUUUUCUUUGGACACCUGAACCUUUAACUCUGUCACACCGGACACUACAAUGCUCUCACCGAGGUUCCUGCUGCUCCGGUCGGCUGCGUCCUUGGCGUCCAGGUCGCUCUGCACAGGGGGGUCGUCGAAGCAUGGGAGGGCGCCAGACAUGGCUGAGGGAAAUCCACUUUUACACGUGUCAAAUGUGCGGAACAGGCUGAGAGAGAUCGUGGGAGCUUCCACUAACUGGAGCGACCACCAGCAGGCCAUGGCAGAGCGAGCGUCGCUGUCGUCCAUGUUGGCGAAGUCUCAAAACGACCUUCCAGCAAAGACGAUGAAGGACAGCUUCCUGGAGGUUCACCUGCCGCUGGGCUCCGAGCCUCAGCUCCGAGAGAAAUACCUGACCUACCACAACACUGUCAGGUUCGGUCGAAUCCUGGAGGACUUGGAUAGUUUAGCAGUCCUGAUCUCUUACUCUCACACCUAUAACCCGGCACUCAGGAGGUCUCCUCUGUCUAUUGUCACCGCCCUGGUGGAUAAAAUUGACAUGAGGCAGCACAUCAUCUAUCCUGACUGCGACAUCAAGUUCACUGGUCAUGUGACGUGGGUGGGAAAGACGUCUAUUGAAGCCAAGAUGCACAUGUCACAGUACCGUGAUGGAGCUUAUGCCCCGGUUCUGGAUGCUACGUUUGUCAUGGUGGCCCGGGACCCAGAGAACAAGAGGGCAGCGUUUGUAAAUCCGCUGAAGCCAGACGGACCAGAGGAGGAGAAGAUCUUCCAGGAGGGAGAAGCCAAUAAAUCCCGCCGUGUGGAGCUGAGCACCGCGUCGCUGCUGAAGGUCGCUCCCACCGAUGAGGAGAGGAAGGUCGUCCACAGUCUGUUCCUCAACACCCUGGAUACAAAGACGGUCAGUUUCCGCAGCAGAAUUCUGCCUCCAAACUCAGUGUGGAUGGAAGACGCCAAACUGAAAGGGCUGGAGAUCUGCCACCCACAGGAGAGGAACAUCUUCAACAGGAUAUUUGGAGGUUUUCUGAUGAGGAAAGCCUACGAGCUGGGCUGGGCCAACGCCUGCUCCUAUGGGGGGUGUCGACCCAGGCUAGUGGCAGUUGAUGACAUCCUCUUCCAGAAACCUGUGGAGAUCGGCUCCCUGCUGUUUCUCUCAUCACAGGUGUGUUACACACAGGGGCAGUACAUCCAGGUCAGAGUUCACAGCGAGGUGUUGGACCCGCUGACCCGCCAGCACAACACCACCAACGUCUUCCACUUCACCUUCGCUUCAGACCGUGACGUCCCCAACAUCAUCCCAAUGACAUAUGGAGAGUCGAUGUUGUACCUGGACGGAAAGAGACACUUUAACCAAACUGUGGAGUCCUGAGACAUCAAAUCUACGUCCUGCCAAACCCUAUCAGCGUCUGACCAAUGAGGUCUAAGAGUGUGUGUGUCUCUCUGUGAGUGUGUGUGUGUGUGAAUGCAGUUCCAUCACUUUAUAUCACGCCUUGCUCAUUUUCCACAACCCACAUGGUGGCUGUGUUCGAUUACUGUUACAUUAUUAGUUUGGGUGGUUUACAUGUUUUGUUGUGUUGGACCACUGCAGCACAAACUGACAGACAGACAGCUCCUUAAAUUCACUUUGUAUUUUAUUCACUCUUCUUUAACGGUUACAGUCAUAGUUAGAAAUACUGUUGGACAACCAGUCAGAGUUUACAGCGUCAGAUUCAACAGGAGGAAAUGUUGUGUCAUGUCUUCCUCAUUCACUGCAUGCCUUUAUAUUACAGUAUGUUACAUUUUUAUAUUCCACUGUCGCUUCUACGCACAAAUCUCCUUUACUUUGCUUUUUUCUACUGAAUGAGAAGCUUUAUUCUGAAGGUGUCAGACGGCUGCAGAAUGCCAGAGGGUGUCAUUGUUUGGCCUUAAGUUACUCAGAUGCAAUAAAUGAAUUCUUAUUUAUCUUGA